UUGUGUUGGGAACAUUCAAUAUCUUCCUUCUAGCUAUUUGAAACUCGAUAUAUUUUUGUUAACUAUAGUUAUCUGGCAGUGGUGUAGAAGUCUGGGACUUAGUCCUCCUAUCUAGUGUAAUUUUGUAUCCUUUACCAGAUCUCUCCCUAUUCCCCUCUUCCCCCUACCCUUUCCAGCCUCUAGGAUCCACUGUUCUGCUUUUUACUUUUAUGAGAUCAACUUUUUUUAGCUUCCAUAUGUGAGUGAGAACAUGCAGUGUUUACCUUUCUGUCCCUUAAUGUCUGAGAACCUCAGGAAUUGGUCACAUUCUGAUGGUCUGAGGAGAGCAGUGGAAGAGUGAUGAGAUGCUAGGGUAACCAUCAUCCGGGUUUUUGAGGGCAGUGUCUUUUUCCAAAACCAAUGUCUCCCUAUCAUGUUACUUUUCUAGAGUCCCAAAUGGGCAGGGGCCCUUUGUGGGAGACUCUGUAAGCAGAAUCCGACAGAGUUGUUCCCCAGUCCACCGCAGUCUAACACGCCAUGACUGGACUUGCCCGUCCGUAUCAGCCUUAUGUAAAGCAGCUCUUCUGUUGGCAUCACUUUGACUUUCUCAGCGUGCCCCAUACCACGGACACUAUUCACACAGGAGCAUCAGAUUGGAAAAUAUCCCUGAGUUCCCUAAGAGACAGGCACUACUCUGAGGAUCUUUCUGCCCUGGCCCCACUUGCUUCUUCCCUGGGGUAGGGUUUCUUCCUAGCUUACUUCUGACUGUUCUUUCCUGGGGGCAUCUUCCCUGCUUGGAAGAGUUUUCUGUGUAGUGCACCAUAGUGUAGGUGUUUGUGAAGGCAGCUGCACAGCUUGUUUCUUUCUGUUUCCUCUCCACAACCCAUAGAUCUGAGAUUACCAGGUUUUGCCCACAUGGAGGUACAGUCCCCCAGGACUCUUUAGCAUGUCUUCUUUGAUUUACUGAAUUACUUGAGGGAUCUGUGUUUGGGCUGGCAGAAGAAGAUAAGAGAUUCCAGAAAUUCUUGCUGCUUUCUCCUAGAUAGCUGGCUACAUUCUCUUCCUCUUCCUCUCCCAUUGAUGAGGCCUGAGGGUAAGAGAGAGUCCAACUCAGAUUGAUCCUGUAAUUGACCUCUUUGUGUUUGCCACUCAUUCUUGAUCUUUCUAAUGAAGAAAGUUGGCCCAUUAACUUUAAUUAUGGUAAUAAUGUCAUUGAAGUCACACCAUUCAUUUAGCCUAGGUAUUACCCUACUCAUAUAGAAUUAGAUAAUGCAGGCCAAAGUGGUCAUGUAGAUCCUGGCAUGUGGUUGGUGCUGAGCUAGUGGGUUCUAUAUCACUGCUACUUAGAUAGGGAGUGGUUGUCCCCUGGAAGUUAAGGAAAUUGUCUGGGGUUUUUAAUGACAGUGUUUUUGGGCUCCCACCUCUGUGUCCUGGAUUAUCUGAAUAGUCCAGACCGGUGAUUCUGAAAAUGUGAUCCCCAGAGCAGUAGUGUCAGGCUCACCUGGGAACUUGUAAGAAAUGUGGAGUUUCAGGCCCCACCCAACACCUAUGGAAUAUGAAACUCUGGGGGUGAGGCCAGCAAUUUGUGUUUGACAAACCCUCCAGGUAAUUCUGAUGUGUGCUCAAGCUUGACAACUGCUGGUCUGAACCAUCAACCUGACUGCCUUUUUCCAGGGUUUUUUCAAGAAGUGUCUUAGACUCUAGUGUGAAAGUUGCUACUCUGCAGAUUGUCCUAUUGAACUGGGAAAGGGCUCAGGAAAGUUCAAAAGGGAUGAUGUGUGGGUUUUUGUGUUGGUGUGUAGCUGGUGGGGAGGAAGGCACUCUGAGCGUAGCAUAAGGCCUGGUGCAACAGGCCUGGUCAUUAGGGACAGUAGUUUCAGAACAAGGGAUACAAAUGGCACUUGUGUUAGAGGAACCAGAGGAAGAAAGAGGCUUGAAGCCUGGCUUUACCACCACAGAAAGGCUGUCCCCUGCCAUGUGGUUUUGGGCAAGGCCACUUUUCCCUGGCCUGUGCCUCAGUGGGCACUGCCUCUUUGCUUAAUGUCUCAGCUUUUCUGUGCUUCCACUGGCCAAUCCCUUUGCUGAUUUAGAUAUAUGUAAAUAUAGAUUUUUAAAAUAAUUCAAUCUACUUGUAGUCAGGUUUACUAGCCUGGGCACCUUUCUGUUUUCCUCAGGUGAUUUUGCACCUUUCUGUGUGGAUCUGAUACAUGUUUUAUUUUUCAGUUUAAUGCUCAGGUCUCCUGAGUUUUUGCACAGCAGAGCAUAUCCUCCCUUCCUUUAUAGAGACUAUGGGGGAGACUUAGCAAGGGAAUUAUUCCAGUCUCCUGAUUUCAGCCAGACCCUCUAUCUAACAUGCCACUUUGACCCCAGGUAAAAGUCAAGAGCGUACCCAUGUGUCAGGAACUGACAGCCUCUGCAGAAAAAUUCCUGUGAUGAGAGAACUCACGGUGAGCUUUUGGGAACAUUCAGGAUGUUGUAGGAUAGUUACAAUAGUUACAGAUUUUUCUUAACUGUAGUGAAAAGAUGACUCUCAGGCUGCAAGAAAUACCGAAAUGCCUUAAGGAGUGAUGCUGUGAAGUGGCUGGAAAGGAGCUAAAGCUGGAAGCCUGGGUUGUUUGAUAAUAAUAAGAGCUCUAGAUCCCAGAAGUGACAGGUUGUCUCUUCUGAAUUAUCUUAAGGCAGAUUUCAGGGCUCUUCCAGGCUGAAGUGGAGGUAAGCUGAGGUGAAGGGAGAUAAGAUUCUGGGGCAUUUUGUCCUGGAGCAUGUCCCAGUCUCUGGGCAUAAAGGGAUAGACCCAGGGAACUCGCAGUUGCUGGGUAUGCAAGCUGUUGAAAAGGCUCUAAGAGAUAAAGUGGGAAUGGCCUGAGAGCUAGAAAGGGAGCUAGACAAGCAAUCAAGUCUGAAUGGAGUAAGGAGAGAGUGUUUAAGAAUUCGUGCUGAUGGAUUAUUUUUGCUUCCUUUUCGCCUUGACCAUUUACUAAGUGUUUGUCUAUCUUGCUGAAUAGCAGCCAAGAGACUCUAACUUCUCUUGGUUUCCAUCUGUAUUUAGUUGAGUUGUUCCCUUCUCUUCUGACAAUUCCCUAAAGAAUACUGAUUUUAGAGGGGGCCAGGGAAAAGGGGCGCUUUCCAGAAAUCAAGCUAGAUCUUUCCUAUUUCUUCCUGACCCUUUUUCUAAAGCCUGAGAUAACUGUUUUCUCACCCUUUCCUCUCAGUAUUAGGUUCUGCUGCUCUCUUUUAGAUGUUUCUUUACUUUUCUUUCUUUCUUUUUAAUUAAGUGGUUACCUUUCCAUCUGAGCUAUUGGCAGGGAUCUGCCAGGAGAGCCAAGGCAGAGCUGCCAGCUUACUGGAGUGUGACAGCUGCUGAGGCCUCCCGUCUCACAGGCUCUGCAGAGAUCCAGGGCUGUCACUUCAACAAGUGUCAGAUAUACACACUCUGCUUGCAGAGCUCCCCAUGCAUAGCCUUAAAUAAACAUCCCAGAUAUAUCUGCCCUGUUUCCCAUCUCAGACUCCUCUUUUCAUCUCCAUCUGGUUUUCAAACACAAUUUCCCAACUUCCCAAUUACCAUCUCACAAGACCCCUCUAUGUCUUCAUUUCUCUGAAAAAAUAAGGAAGCAAAACAGCCAUUACUACUUUAAUAGGGCAGAGAUUCUGUUCCCUUGGCUGAGGAGAGUUUGCAGGAUGCUCUGCCCAGUCUAGUUUGCAGAGAGCCUGGUUGGUCAAUCUCUGUAGGUUGUGAGUUUGCAGUGGUUUGGGAGGCCCUCUCUCUGGCUGAGGAAAGUCCUCCCCAUAUUUAACUAACCUUCAGUGCUGGCUGUGCCCUUUUUUGUGUUGAGACGUUUUCUCAAAGGGCACUGUGGUUUCUCCUUUCCUGCUGGAAGUUCCAUGUCUGUGGAAAAGUUUCCUGUAACCUUUCAAGGUUUGUACUCUGUUCCAGAGGGGCUCUUGGAUAUAAAAAUGGUCUUUUUUUCUUAAAUGAUCUCACAGAUGAUCAAAAGGAGCACAUAAAAGCUGUCCUGGGGAUUUGGCAAGGUUGCCAGUGUUCUCUUUACCUUUGGUCUGGUAUUUAGAUCUGAGACAGUGUCUCGCCAACAGCCCUUGCUUUCCUCGGGGGUUAGGGCUGGGAGACACAGAAGGGGAGGCAGGAGGGGCAUAUUAAUUCCUCUAGGAAGUAGAACUUCAUUUUUAUCCUACGAGAGCCAUUUGAAAUUGGGUUGGCACAUUCAGUCCUGAAAAAGUGACCUUGCAGGAGCUGGAAUUUUAUAUCCAGCAUUGUUUUGGAGGACUUGGCCAGCAGCAUUUCCCUUGGGUGUAUUGCAUUAACCCUAUCCAAUCACUCCUAUGAGGUUUGUCUGGACUGGGAUUGCUUGUGCCUCGUGGUAGAGGAAAAGCCAGAGAUGAUGUUCUCUGGACUUAUGGAAGCCGCUUAGCAGUUCCAUGAUUUUUGUAAAAUCUGCUUUGUCUCUGGUGAAAUGGGAUAGGGGUAGUAACUAGAGGGUCUCUGAAGAUUCAGUGACACAAUAUAUAAAGUGCUUAGUAUAGUACCUAGCACAUAGUAGAUAUUCAAUAAAUGGAAGGUGUCAUCAUGAAUAAUCGCAUUGACAGUUAUUAAUAUUAAUACCAAACUACUAUUUCUUAGCAUGAAGUUGGUGCUCCAUAUUUACUGUCCCAUAAGUACCUCGCACUUACUCAUUGCAUUUAUCACUCUGUCCUUUAAUCACCGGUGUACUUGCCUUCUCUCUACGAGGCCAUACUCCUAGACCCUUGAAAACACUGGUAAUGUCAGGUUUACCAUUGCAUCCCAGCAUCUCCAGCACCUGGCAUGGUACCUGGCACAUAUGACAGGCUCAGUAUGUAUGCAUUAAAUAAAUACAUGAACAAAAUUCUCUAGCCGACUUUUUCUUUUUUAAAUUUAUUCCUCUUCUGCAAUGCUCAUCCUCUGCUUCAUGCAAACUGGGUACCCCUUUGAAUUCUCUUCCAGCUUCCCCAGUUACCAUUUCUAUUGCCAUGUCUCUUCCUUCAUUCAUGCCUACCCUCUUGUCUUGAAAUGCCUUUCAUCUCUUCUGUUACCAUUUGACAUCCUUUUUUUCACUUCUUGUGUUUUUUCUCUUCUAUGACGCAUACCCUAACUACUCUAGCCCAUAUUAAUCUUGUUCAUGAAAUCUUGUUUCAUGUAUAGCCCAUAAGUCCUUGUUGUUCUUGGAUUGAGUUUUAUCUUUCCAACCAGAUUGUCAGCUUCUGGAGAGCAGUCAUAUAUCGUUGAUUGUCCCUGCCCAUUAUAGGUCAUGGUCUGGGGCCAGGUACAUAAUUGGCUCUAAAUAAAAAGUAAGCCACUGUCAAAAUGAUUAAAUAAAUUAGACUGUUGGACCAAAGGGGUAAAUGAGAUUAAAAGGUUUUUGCUGAUAGGACACGGUCUUUAGAGUUGGUUGUGUGAAUGCGGGAGUUAGAGAACAGUUAUCAGUGCCUCAAUGCAUUGUUAAGAUUUGGGUUUUCUGUAUCUAUACACUCUCUUACCAGUUCUUGGUCUGGCCUUUCCCCCAGUCAUGUUUGGAGGAAAAUGUGGUAAAAUGGAAAUCUGUCAAAUGCUUCUGCGUCAGAAGGCAACAUACUUGAUGAUGAUAAAGGAAUUGGGAAUGCCUAAUGGUGACAUGAGGGCUCACCAUUUAGUGGGUUUUACUUACCGAUGCUGUCUUCAUUUCUUUGCUAGUUUGGUUGAUACCAAGCUCUUUCUGUAUUAAACUAGAAUCUAUUGAUUGAUACACAUUUAACAUUUUUGAGGCCAGAUGUACAGCAGAGAACUCCGUAUGUUGCAGGGAUUUCAGAAGAUGUGGUGUGCAGCACAUAGUAGAUGCUUUGUUAAUGUUGGGAAGGAUGAACACAAAUAUAAAACAUGCCCUUUGGGAAUGUGCAGUCUGCUCCAGGCUGCAGUGAAGUAGCAGGGUGAGACUGGAAUGAGUGAGGGCCAAAGGGCACCAGUUCUCAAGGGGGAGUCGCUGGGAAGCAGAAACAGGGAAGAGAUGCUAGAUGAACUUCCCAUUGCCACAUGGACUGUGGAAGUCAGACUAUAAUAGAAAUCAAAGUACUUUGAAAAAAUACAGUGCAGUAUUCUAUUAAAAUACAUAUUUAAAUAAUCAUAAAUUUUACAGAUUGACAUAGGCGUUGUUUAGGGGGAACAGACCGCCUAGCUCUUAGCCAGAUGGUCAGUAAAACAUUUAUUGUGUGAGUGAAUUCAGAGGAGAGUAGGGCUGGAGGCCCCGCUAUGGUUUUUGUCCCUCUUUUCUCCUUUCAUGCCCAAUCCUUCUGCUGGUUCAGGCAGCAGCAUUUCAUUUUCCAGCUGUAACUAAACGGUAAAUUACGAGGCGUGGUUGGAAUAGAGUUUAUCGGCGACUCUCCUUUUCUUCUCCCAUUCCAUUGUGAGGAUGAGUCAGUAAGGCUGUGCAUGGAUAUUUUCUGGCAAGGGCGUAAAACAUGUUUCUGAGGGCAGAGUCCAUGUUGCUGAGUAAUAAUUAACUGCUAAUGGCAUUGUCUUGGGUGUUGCAUAGUAAAUAAUCAAGAAAUAGUCUCUUUUCAAUGAGAGUUUGAAGGCCAAUGCAAAGACCACACACAGACAAGCCUGAAAGGUGCUGUUUUUACUAACCUUAAUGGGAAACAAAGGGAAAAAUCUGGCUUGUUUUGUGUUGCCAUGCUUAAUUGCAUGAUGGUGUCUUUUUCCCUUGAAUUUCCUCAUGCCCCAUGGAGGGCACAUGCAUGAUGGUGCUUUGCCGAGCAAGAAUUAUAAAACAGAGGUUCUUGGCAGCCGGGACGUACUGGCUGCUAUGUUGUCUAGCAUAGCUGGAUCUUACUGGGAGCUUUCAGAUCAGAGUCUCUGUGAAAUGGAACAAGUGAACUGAGCCUAGUCUGUUCCUAAAAAUAAGCCUCUAAGAAGCAAGUGAGGUGCUUUUCAGUGGGAAGCCUGUGGAGAAAGAGCCUGGAACACAGACUGGAAGUAAGUAUGAGUUUAAAGCCAAGAACAUCAAGAAGAAGAAAGUGAGCAUUAUGGUUUCAGUGGAUGGAGUGAAAGUCAUUCUGAAGAAGAAGAAAAAGCUUCUUUUAUUGCAGAAAAAGGAAUGGACAUGGGAUGAGAGCAAGAUGCUGGUGAUGCAGGACCCUAUCUACAGGAUCUUCUAUGUCUCUCAUGAUUCCCAAGACUUGAAGAUCUUCAGCUAUAUCGCUCGAGAUGGAGCCAGCAAUAUCUUCAGGUGUAACGUCUUUAAAUCAAAGAAGAAGAGCCAAGCUAUGAGAAUUGUUCGGACGGUAGGGCAGGCCUUUGAGGUCUGCCACAAGCUGAGCCUGCAGCACACGCAGCAGAAUGCAGAUGGUCAGGAAGAUGGAGAGAGUGAGAGGAACAGCAACAGCUCAGGGGACCCAGGCCGCCAGCUCACUGGAGCCGAGAGGGCCUCCACGGCCACUGCGGAGGAGACUGACAUCGAUGCGGUGGAGGUCCCACUCCCAGGGAAUGACGUCCUGGAAUUCAGCCGAGGAGUGACUGAUCUAGAUGCCGUAGGGAAGGAAGGAGGGUCCCACACAGGCUCCAAGGUUUCGCACCCCCAGGAGCCCGUGCUGACAGCCUCACCCAGGAUGCUGCUCCCUUCUUCUUCCUCGAAGCCUCCAGGCCUGGGCACAGAGACACCGCUGUCCACUCACCACCAGAUGCAACUCCUCCAGCAGCUCCUCCAGCAGCAGCAGCAGCAGACGCAAGUGGCUGUGGCCCAGGUACACUUGCUGAAGGACCAGUUGGCUGCUGAGGCUGCGGCGCGGCUGGAGGCCCAGGCUCGCGUGCACCAGCUUUUGCUGCAGAACAAGGACAUGCUCCAGCACAUCUCCCUGCUGGUCAAGCAGGUGCAAGAGCUGGAGCUGAAGCUGUCAGGACAGAACGCCAUGGGCUCCCAGGACAGCUUGCUGGAGAUCACCUUCCGCUCUGGAGCCCUGCCCGUGCUCUGUGACCCCACGACCCCUAAGCCGGAGGACCUGCAUUCACCGCCGCUGGGCGCGGGCUUGGCUGACUUUGCCCACCCUGCGGGCAGCCCCUUAGUUGACCACGGCAUGUUUGAGAAUUUGAACACAGCCCUCACUCCAAAGCUCCAGGCCAGCCGCUCCUUCCCCCACUUGUCCAAGCCCGUGGCCCCCAGCUCUGCCCCUCUGGGCUCUGCUGAGCCUGGGGGGCCAGGACUCUGGGUGGGCAGCAGCCAGCACCUCAAGAACCUGGGCAAAGCCAUGGGGGCCAAAGUGAAUGACUUCCUACGGAGAAAGGAGCCCUCCAGCCUGGGCAGUGUGGGUGUGACGGAGAUCAACAAGACUGCAGAAGCACAGCUGGUCAGUGGGGCUGAUGCGGCUCCAGGGGCUUGGCCAGAGGAUGAAAGAUCAGUCCUGCAAGAAGCAUUUCCUCGGCUGGAUCCUCCACCUCCCAUAACCAGAAAGCGAACCCCUCGGGCCCUGAAGACCACCCAGGACAUGCUGAUUUCAUCACAGCCUGUCCUGAGCAGUCUGGAGUAUGGGACAGAGCCGUCACCUGGGCAGGCCCAGGACUCUGCUCCCACUGCCCAGCCUGAUGUCCCAGCAGAUGAUUCACAGCCAGAGGCCACCAUAGAAAGAGAAGAGAGAGGCGAAGUUCUACCUAAUGGAGAGGUUUCCCUGUCAGUACCUGAUCUAAUCCACAAGGAUAGCCAGGACGAAUCCAAGCUAAAAAUGACUGAGUGCAGAAGGGCCUCCUCCCCCAGCCUCAUCGAGAGGAAUGGCCUCAAACUCAGCUUGAGCCCCAUCAGCCUGGCUGAGUCCUGGGAGGAUGGCAGCCCCCCUCCUCAGGGACGGACCUCCAGCCUCGACAAUGAGGGCCCUCACCCAGACCUGCUGUCCUUUGAAUAGAGCCUCUGCUCUUUCCUGCUGAGCUCUGCCCUUGUCUUCCUGCUGCUUUCUCCUCCACUGCACACACUGACCCUGGCCCCAACUCCACCGUGCCCUUGGACUUCCUCGUAUGAGGCACCAGCAGAGAGCCAGUCGUCCAUCAUGGGAUUUUGCAGGACUGGAAGUCCUUGAGUAGUUCUAGUUAAAGAGUCUAUCUGCAGAAUGGCUAAAGGACUCGAUGCCAUCUUGAGCCUAAAUUUCUGUAACCUCCUCUGAGUGGGCUGCAGCCCUUGGACAUUAGAGCUCUUACACUCUUGAGCUUGUCCUGUCUUCUCAGUGAAUUGCAGGGCAAUGGAUCUUGCAGGAAUUCUCUUUGCCUGUCCCCUACAUGCACCUCCUCCCCUGCUGUUCUCCUUCCCACACCCCGUCCCUUCUCUCUCCUCCUUGAUGGGUCUGAGGCCCCUGGCCUCAGCGGGAGCAAGGCUGGAUGAGGAAUGAUGGGUUUGGCUUGAUGAUAGGCCCUGGCCUGGAAAGCCACACACCCUGACCACAGCCCAGCCAUGGCUCCUCUUGGUCCCAGGACAGCGCAGGCCCCUGGUUGCCGUGUUUGCUCUGCCCCUGGGGUGGAGGCCAGAGGAGAUGCUUACCAGGCCUGAGACCUUGAGAAUUCGCCCAGGGUUCCCAAGGUUUCCCCCAUCUGGUCAGAUGUCAAAUACAAAAUGGGGGCAUCCUGUACAGAAGGAAAGAUGAGGCUUCCUUUGCUGUGUAUGUGAAGACAGGAGAGCCAGGCCCCAGCAGAUGCAGCCGAGCACACUCUGGUUUUGUUUUGGGGGGAGGGCCCAGGAACUUGGGGGUGGUUUUGGCAUUCAGGGCUGAAGCUAAAAACCCAGAGCAGAAGUAGGGAGAAGGGAGUGAGGAUGGGACAGAGAAGAGCGAUCACUGGGGAUCAGAACAGCUUUUCAGGGGCCAUCUUGCAACCUAAAAUGAUGCCAUUUCAGGGCCUGGGCCUGCUGUGAGAGCCAGAGUGAAGCGUGUGCAAGAUUGGAAUGUGAGAAGAACUGAGGGGGGAAACCACUUUUAAUUAAGUGGAAGUGCUUUGUGCUUGUGCUGAAGUUACCUGGGCCUCCUGUAGCCCUGGACCUCACUGGAGGGGCCCCGCCCUGCCCAUCCCUGCCCUUCUUCUAUGCUGAUGCUGGUGGGCUAUGUCCUGCUUCAGGAUCCAUGUAAGGGACUGACCAGGUUCAUCCAACCUUAACUGGUUCCUGCUCUCCUGGAUUAAGCCACUUUUAGGUCUCCCACCAGGGGUCCUAUUGUGCUGUCUUCCUGUGGCCAGCAGACCCUGUAAGGGGGUGAUCCUAAUCCCGGGGCUCUUUGCAGCAAGAGGAGAACAUCCCUUUUCUUGAACAAGGUGGCCAGUUCCCUGGGAGAAAGCUGGGAAUGGCAUGUCCAGCUGGGGCAGGCGUUGCGGCAUCCUUCUCCUGGGAUUCCUGUGGUCUCCCCUGUUCUAUUCAUUAUUUGGCUUCCCAACCAUAAGCUCUGGGAUACCCAGGGCUUGCUUCCCAGCUCAUCUCAUCUCUAAGCCUUCGCUCCCCUUCCCACCACCACUGCUAUGUAAAAUGGCCAUGCUAACUCCUACAGAACUAGGAGCCUCAGCAGGAUUGCUAGGAUGUGGGUGCCUUCCUGCAUUCUUGCUUCUGCAGCUGUGUGGCCUUCCCACAGCCCUCCCACCACUUUCCCUUCUACCUUGCCUUCCAUUGUCUUCCUUCUCCCAGAAAGCCAGGUUUCAACACGUGCUUACCACUAGCUCUCUCCCUUCCCUCGUGGGGGUUGCUGCAGCAAGGCACCUGCAGGCCCUGGUAGAGUGAGCAGGGCUUAUGUGUACGUUCUUUACGUGUACAUCUCCAAGGAUGUGAUGUCUGACUGUGAUGUCAGAGAGGAGGUCUCAGGACUAGCAUUUGGGGUCCUGUGAGUUUUCCCAGAAUGGUUUGGGGGUAUCACACAAAACACCAGAGCUGAGGAUAGGGGUAGAGUCCCCAAACACACAUCCUGGGAGCAAGCCACUUCAUCUGAGUUUCCCAUACCAGGAACAUGAUUUGUGCUUUGGUGGGAAACUUAGCAAGUCCCUGCACUCUGGGGCUUCUCCUCUUCUAGAGCCCAGGGCGGCUCUGGCCCGAUGAUAUGGCAGCCAUAUGUACAGGUAUUGCAGGUGCAGUCUUUCUUAAGUACCCUGCCCUGCCUUCACUCUAUAGCCCAGCUGUUGCUAGAGUCCAGGACCUUAGACCCAGGAUGAGCAAAAGGACUCCACCAGGUUGUCCAGAACCAUUGCCAGGGUGACCCCAGAUUUCUUCAGACUUCUGUCUGAUACUGAACACAGUGCCACGGGACCCUGCUCCAAUCUAACUGCCUACAACCCGCCCAUCCCCCUGCUGCAGGGGUGACACUGCUACCUCGGGAGGCUCUCUUGAGAGUGGUGUCUGGUCUUAGAUGCUGCAGAUAGUACCUGGUGCUAGGGUCUACGUGCUGCCCAAAGCCCAGCAGGAUCAGCUACUACUCAUCCUGCAGAGGCCUUGGCCCAGACCAGCUCUUCCAUCCAAAGUCUCACCUGGUUUCCGUGUUCAUCUCAACAGUCUGGCCUUCCUGUGACUGCAGCCUGGCAGCCACACCCCCAGUAAUCCCACACAGUGAGUCCAGCUUCUCUGGGAGCUUGGCCUUCAGUUAGCCCAGUCCAUGAGAGGGCAGGGUAAUGAGGAGGAGUGAAGGACCUAUCUUCUCUGUCCACAUAAGGAAUUUGGGACCACAGGGUCUUUUAUCUCCUUGUUACUCCCCAACCCCAUCAUAACCUCCUACUCAGCACACAGCUUUAUCCUGGUAGAUUAUAAGGUGAGCUUCCAGAACCUGGCAGGAGGCUGGUGUAUCCCCCUGCACGGAGGGAGGUGUAUCUGAAUGUUGUGUAUGUGGCUGAUAUGGAAGACAUACAUGUAUGCAAUCAAUCAGCCUUUAAAGAAGACUGGCUGCAGUUUGGAGGAGGAGGAGGAAGAUUACAGAUCUAUUCUGAGUAUUUUUUAGAGAGUUAAUAUUUAUAUUUUUAGUAAUUUUCUGGUAGAAGGAAAUUGCACAAUAAAAUGAUUUGGUUUGGUUUG